UUCGCCGGGAUAGAGGCGCUCAUCACCGGUCUCUGCGACGAGUCCCGUCUUUUGUCGCGAAACAGAGAAUUGUUUGUGGGCGUGGUUUGCGUGCUGUAUUAUUUUGGCAGCCUUCCAGCUAUCAGCUACGGAGGGCAGUACGUGAUCCCUUUUCUCGACGAAUAUGGUGUGUCGCUUUCAGUUCUAUUCAUAGUCACCUGCGAAAUGGUCGCCGUUUGCUGGUUCUACGGGAUCGAUCGGUUCAGCAACGAUAUCAAAUCAAUGCUUGGCUUCUAUCCAGGAAUCUACUGGAGGGUGUGUUGGAUGAUGUGCCCCAUAUUUAUCUCGAUCAUCUUCAUCAUGACCGUAUGGCAAGCGUCGCUCGCUCCGAUGCAAAUGCCUGGAUACGUGUUUCCAAAAUGGUCGGUAGGACUCGGAUGGUUUCUACGAAUGUUGUCCGUGUCCAGUGUGCCACUUUUUGCCAUCUACAUGCUUUCAUUUGCCAAGGGAACAUUUACAGAGGUCAGUGGUGAAUUCAAACCGCCAUGA